AUGGUACACUUUGUAAAGCCUUGUUAUCCUCUUCUCUUUGUUUUCUUUCUCUCAUUACUUCAAUCCAUUCUAACAACACUACCUGAAUCCAGACGAGAGGGAGAAGCUCUUGUGAAAUGGAAGAAUAGCCUAGCCCCGUCUUCUUUUCUCGACUCUUGGUCACUCACUGAUCUCGAUAAUCUUUGUAACUGGACUGGCAUUACUUGUAACUCUGCAGGUUCAGUCUCGGAGAUUAACCUUUGUGAGAAACAACUUGAUGGAAUGCUGUCCGAGUUUGGUUUCACUUCAUUUCCAGAUCUCAACUAUCUCACCCUCGCAGACAACUUCUUCUCGGGUCCGAUACCAUCAGCCAUUGAGAAUCUAACACAGCUUCAAUAUCUUGAUUUAAGCAUGAAUAGUCUCAAUGGUCCCAUUCCUUUCCAGGUUAGCCAUAUUCAGAGCUUGCUCAUCUUAAACCUGUCACACAAUGCAUUGCAAUCUCCAAAUUGGUCCCAUUGCUCUCCCAUGCCUGUCUUGCGCAUCCUCGACCUUAGUUUUAAUAAUCUUGUGUCGAAAUUCCCAGAAUUUAUAUCCAAUUCUCAUAGCCUGACUCACCUUAACCUUUCAGAUAACAAGUUUACUGGUGAUCUUGUGCGUGAAUUUACCAAUCUACAAAAUCUUGAAACCCUCUACCUUCAAGAUAAUUCUUUUGAGGGGCCGUUUCCGCCUGAUAUAGUCCAGCUUUCCAAAUUAAAACGUCUCGCCCUGUUAGGUAACAAAUUUUCAGGUUCAAUUCCCAAUGACAUAAGGUUGCUUUGUGUUCUUGAAUACCUAUAUUUAGGCAACAAUUCCUUUGAAGGACCACUUCCACCAAAUAUAUUCACGCUUUCAAAAUUAAAAUUACUUGUUCUUUGGGGUAAUAAGUUUUCAGGUUCUAUUUCCAAUGAUAUAGGUUUGCUUUCUGAGCUUGAAACCCUCGUUCUUGACUCUAAUUAUUUUGAGGGGCCACUUCCGCCAAAUAUAUUCAAGCUCUCUAAAUUAAAGGUUUUUUCCCUUGUGUACAAUAACUUUUCAGGUUCUGUUUCCAAUGAUAUAGGUUUGCUUUCUGAGCUUGAAUAUCUCCGUAUUGGCUGCAAUUCUUUCGAGGGACCGUUGCCAACAAAUAUAUUCAAGCUUUCCAAAUUAAGUAAACUUGACCUAUCAAAUAAUAGUAAUUUUUUUGAAGGAAGUAUUCUUAUUGGAUUGGGACUCUUGACUAACCUCAGCUACUUAGAUCUAGAUUCCAAUAAUCUCAGUGGCUAUAUUCCAUCUGAGAUUGGAAACCUGAAGCUACUAGUAUUUCUCGAUCUUAGUUCUAAUCAAUUGACUGGAUCGCUUUCAAAGAUCUUUUCUAAUCUCACAAAUCUUAUAUAUCUUCAUGUAUAUGAUAAUAGUCUUAGUGGAAAUAUUCAGAGUGACUUGUGGAAAAACUCUGUAUCCUUGCGUUUCGUUGAUCUUGCAAAUAAUUAUUUGUCUGGAAACAUCCCUAAGGAAUAUAACGAUCAUCCAACUUUGGAAUACAUUAAUUUAAGUUGGAACCAUUUUACAGGUGAGCUUCCAACAACAAUUUGCAAUGUCACUUCCCUCUCGGUUCUUGUUUUGUCAAAGAAUGGAUUAAGUGGUCCACUUCCAAAUUGUUUCGGAAAUCUUGCUGAUAGAUUGCUUUCCAUUAAUCUUGCUAAUAAUCAGUUCCGAGGAACAAUACCAACUACUUUCUCCAGCAGUUGUCAGCUGACAUAUCUAAACAUGGAUGAUAAUGAGUUUGAAGGAAUGUUGCCUCAAUCUUUGGCGAAAUGUAAGCACUUGAAAAUUCUUGAUAUUGGCAAUAACAAAAUAGGUGGUAUAUUUCCGUCAUGGCUUUAUGUACUUGGAGAGCUAGAAGUCCUUGUCUUGCGAUCAAAUAAACUCUAUGGUACAAUAAGUGGAAGGAGCAUAGAAGAUCCGUUCCCCAAGUUGCGGAUUGUGGAUCUGUCCAACAAUCAAUUCACCGGCCAGUUGCCAAUUCAAUACUUUAAGAAUAUGAAAUCAACUGAUAAUUUGUAUCGUUAUCGGAAUUCCACAGGACCAUUAUCUUUCUCUUAUGAAGCAGCAGUCUCAUUAACUGUGAAGGGAACAGAGUACGAGGUAGCAAAGAACCUUCAUAUUUACACAGCCAUUGACCUGUCAUGCAACAAAUUUCAGGGAGAAAUUCCAAAGGUUACUGGAGAGCUUAGAUGGCUUGCAUUGCUGAAUUUAUCUCAUAAUAGUCUGACAGGACCUAUCCCAUCCUUGCUGAAAAAUAUGAAAGAACUCCAAUCUUUAGAUUUGUCCUCAAAUCAACUGACAGGGGCUAUUCCACCUCAGUUAACUGCAUUGACAUUUCUGGAGGUCUUCAACCUCUCGGGAAACCAUCUUAGUGGAGAGAUUCCUCAGAAAGGACAGUUCAGCACAUUUAACAAUGAUUCUUAUCUAGGAAACUCCGCGUUAUGUGGAUCACCUUUGACAAAGAAAUGUGCAAACACAGCAUCACCUCCACAAGAAGUCGGAAAUGGUGAUGAAGAUGAUGCUGGUGAUGAAUGGACAUGGGAAGCAAUCGUGAUGGGAUAUGGAUGUGGACUGAUAUGUGGAUUGUCAUCUGCGUACAUUGUUCUCAAACUAGGAAAGCCUUGGUGGCAUGGAGAUUACACAAAGAAGGCAAGUCCAUGGACUAAUAUACGAACAAUUCAUAUUGGUCUUCCAUCUGUUCAACCGUCUCCCGAAGAUAGGCCAAAAAUGUCAUCUGUGGUUCUUAUCUUUGUCAGUAAAGGAGAAUCUCUGAUGCCUAUACAACCUGGUUUUCUUACCGAAAGGAAUGUGAGCUCCUCUCAUAAUGCUCACAGGCGAACUCCUGCAUAUAUACUUUGUGAUGUCAUUGAUGAUCGAUAG